AUGGGGUGGAAACAACUUGAGAUUGACAAAGUUCAUUUAGCUCUUAUCAUCACGGGAGUAUUUAUUACUAUUUUUUGUUAUACAUCUAGGGUUAUUCGCGAAAAAUUGUUGGUUGGCGAAGCAACUCUGGGCAGUGUUGUUGGUCUCAUUUUUGGACCACAUGCUGCCAAUUUAAUUAAUCCAAAGUCAUGGGGGAACAUGGAAUAUGUGACUAUUGAGAUAUGUAGAAUGGUCAUUAAUGUACGAGUGUUUGCUUCUGGCGUAGAACUGCCGGUCGCGUAUUUCCAACAUCAUUUUCAAAGCAUUUUUGUAAUGCUGAGUAUAAUUAUGACUUUUGGAUGGUUGGUUUCAGCUGGAUUUGCUUAUGCGUUGUUCCCCAAAAUUACAUUUUUAGGUUCUCUGCUAAUCGCAGGAUGUAUAACUUCAACAGAUCCUGUUUUGUCUGCCUUAAUUGUAGGAGAAGGUGCCAUUGGGAAAAGGAUUCCUCCGAAAAUUCGUGCAUUAUUGAUUGCAGAGUCUGGGUGCAAUGAUGGCAUGGCCGUUCCUUUUUUGUACUUUGCCUUGAAGCUCUUGACAGUGAAACCUUCCAAGCACGCUGGUCGAGAUUGGGUACUUUUGAUUGUUCUUUAUGAAUGCAUCUUUGGCAUUUUCUUUGGGUGUGUAUUGGGGGUGUUAUUGGACAAAAUGCUGAAAUGGUUUCAAAAGUUAAGAUUUAUCGAUGCAAAUAGUUAUUAUUCCUUAUUCUUUGCUAUUCCUUUGAUGUGUUCGGGAAUUGGUACCAUCAUUGGAGUGGAUGAUUUAUUGCUAUCUUUUUUUACAGGAGUGAUGCUGGCAUGGGAUAAUGCGUUUGUUGACGGCAUGUCGGAAUGCUAUGUACCACCGUUCAUCGAUCAAAUCUUCAACCUGUUAUUCUUUACUUAUUUUGGAAGCAUCAUUCCUUGGGAAAAAUUUAACUGGAUCCAGAUGGACCUUUCCGUUUGGCGUCUUAUUGUGUUUACCAUUUUGAUUUUUUUCUUUCGGCGUCUACCGGUCGUCUUAUUGUGCAAGCGGCUGAUUCCAGACAUUCAAACAUGGAAGGAAGCCUUGUUUGUUGGGCAUUUUGGACCUAUUGGUGUAUGCGCCGUAUACAUGUCAUUCGUAGCAAAGUCCGCGCUUACACCAAACGAAAUUGAAGAAACGGUUUACAAAUCGACAGACGAGUUUUUCAUUCUUCAUGAAGUAUUAUGGCCGAUUGUUAGUUUUGUCAUUUUGUCGUCCAUCAUCAUUCAUGGGUUUAGUGUGCCGAUUCUUAUUUAUGGUGACAAACUAAAAAGUUUAUGGAUGCGGCGACACAAGGUGGAUAACCCAACAAUCCCAAUGGAUGAAAUCUCUAUGGAACCAUCUAAAUCAAAAGACUAUACUCCUUCAUGA